ACGAAAUAAACUGUUAUCAUGUGUUUUGACGGCUGUGAAUUCCAGUCAUGACUAGGGGUUUUAACGAAUCAAAAUCGGUGAUUUAUUCAUAAAAAUAUUUUAGAAAAAAUCCAAAUCACUCAGUUCCCCUACUUUCACCGAGCACAGAGACGAGCUUGAAAGAAGCUACAUAUAGAUAACUGUUGGCAGCCGAGAGAUCAUCUAAUCCCGGAAUCUAAUCCAAGAUGGCUUCAAGUGUCGAUCAUGAAGAAGAAUGUAGAAGCAGACUUUUAGUGUCAUUUAGUUUAGUAACUAGUGCUCCUGUGAUUGCCGUUUUGAGAGAAUACACUAUACUUCAGUUAAGCGAAAAAUUAAAGGCCUAUCACCCACCAUUGGAACAACGGUCAGGAGAGGAUAUUGUAGAAAUAUUGACGAAGGAAGGGUAUGACAAAAACAAGAUGAAAAUCGGCAGAGUAAAUUUAGGGGAAAUGAUAAAGGAAUCAGGUUUUCAGUUUGAUGCCUUCACAUUUGCAAAGCUUUUUGUGAACCUUACGGACAUAGAUAAAAAGCAAUUUGUGUCAUUUGAUGACAUAACUGAUCCCAAGGUUUAUUUAGACCUUCUAACGGAGGUGCCAAAUCUACCGAUCAAUGAUAAAGCUAGUAAGGUUCGUAUCAUCAGGAACAGAUGUGGCCAUAAUGAGUUCUUGAAAUGUGACGAGGAAGCUACAGAAAAACUCGUCGAAUUAUUAAAAGAGAUAACAAUGAAGACAAAACCAACAAAAACAGAGCAGGAUCCAAUCAUAAAAGAAAUAGAAAAAUGGGAAAAAAGAAUGACGCGAUUCACAAACGAAAACCUUGACACUUUGGAUGACAUACUCGAGCUUCAAGAGGUGGUUAACCCAUGGCUCCAUAUAGCGAUUGAUGACCCGAAAAUGAAACAACUAGUUGAUACAAUCAUGCAGAGUUUGUGUAUGUACUGA